GAGGAGGCAUUACUCGAGGAAAGGGGAUGGGGUGAGAAUUGCCGGCGAGAGAAGUUGGGGCCUCACGUGGCCCAGGCUUCCUCUUCCUCGUAUUAGAGCGGCAGCUUUUCUGCACGCCUUCCCAGUGCCCCCUGGGUCCCACAUGGGCGACGAAAAGCCGCCGCCUGGCUUUGAACGGGGCCGACGGGAGCGCUUGGCUCAACUCCUGGCUGGUGGCUGGCUGCGUAAAAGCCCGACGGAGAGGAGCCGGCGACCUGACCGAGAAGCUGGGCCGCGCAGCGUAGGCAGGGUUCGUGGGCUCUCCCAGCAGCGGCGGCGAGCGCCGGACGUUUGCGCCGGCGAGCAGCGGUUGCAUCCCGUACGCCCGUCCGGCACGGUGGUGCCUCCCAGCCGAAGCCCCCAAGCGCCUCCCCCGCAAACGACUCCCAGGGCCCCCCAGAAAGGGGCCACUGCCUGCCCUCGCGCGGUGGCGGAGGCGACGGUGGUGCAGCAGCAGGGCCUGCCAGUCCCUAAGGGGAGGGUGGAGGCCCCUGCGGCCGUCCGCUUAACCCUCCGAGGGCAAAGCGAGGCAGCGCACUCUGCACGUGCUCACAGAACUCUUUUUCUUGGGCACGUGCGCCGGCCUAGCCCCGAUAGCUGGUGCCGCCGCCUCCCUCGCCCGCCUCUGUCACGCAAUAGGCCCGGGCAGCGCCUGUGCCACUGCGAGCGCCCCGCCGAGCGGCUCCGCUGUGCCGGCCUCGGAAGGCGGCGGCGCGGCGGCGACUUCUCCUCCUCCUCCUGUUGUGCUCGCCGCGCGCUCGCUCGCUCGGGUCGCGCACGGAGGCGGAGGCAAGCGCGGGGGGCUUCGCUUCCUGGCGCCGGCGUCCUUCGCGGGGAGCGCAGCAUGGACCGCCGCUGCCGUCGCCUCCUGGCGCUCCUGGCCCUGCUGGCCGCCCCAGGGCGCUCCCGAGACUCCCAGCGCCCCCUGGACGACGCCUCGGCCGCCGCCGAGGGCCCCCUCCUGCCGGGCCCCACCUGCUCGGGGCUCCUGGAGGCGCUGCCCAGCCAGCAGCUCCGCGUCGAGGGCCAGGAAGAGGCGCCCCACGCCCCGCCGGCCUCGCGCGACCCUCCGCAGGUGGGCUUGGAGGGCGGCGGGCGGCUCGGCCAGGCGGCGGCGGCGGCGGCUGGGCGUUUCGUGGAAGAGCCGGACGCCGGCGAGACCCGCGUCUCUGACACCCCCCAGCCUGGCCUCGCCGUCGGCAACUCCGGGCUGGAUUUUUCCAGGCUGGGGGAUUUGCUGCCUCAAGGGCAAAGCACCGCGAAGACCCUGAAGACCCUCCUCCUUGGCAGCGCUGAGCCUCCUGGCAUCACCUGGCAUCGCCCCUUGCCCAGCUCCAGGGCUUCUGCUUUCCCCACUGGGUUGCAGCCAACCUUGCCAACAUCAUCUGCUGUUCUUGAGGCGAGUCGGGACGAAAUGGUGAGUUGGCUGACAGAUGUGGAAGAAAGCAGCGAAGAAAGCUCUCCGGGCACCACUGCAAGGAGAAUGCAAUUCCCCGCUGGUGAAGCAGGGAGAACAGGGAGCGCUGAGCCACCAAAUGCUGCAGGGGCCAGCGGGCUGCCCCAGCUAAGCCAACCGCUCAUCACAAGCAAGUUUGUGACGUUCCUGCCCACGCCAGUGUGGCUUCCUGUGUCUGCUUCUCCAGUGGAUGCUGCAGGCCAAACUUCCUGCCCAUCAUCUUGUUCAGAAGAAUUCUCUAGCUGGAGCACCGGAGAGAGAGCCCUUGAGCCCACUAGGGCUUUGCUGCUUCUGGGCUCCAACAGGCUAGCAGUCACACAGACUGAGGCGGGGCCAGAGAGUGAGAGAUCAUUGGGGGCUACAGCUGCUGGGAAUGAGGCCUCUAGCCCAGUCCCUGCAGAGGGCUUAGAGAUGCCCGCAGGAUCAAGCAGGCAGAGGUCCCCGGAGACCAGAUCCUCCCCUGGUGCAGAGCUCCAGGGGACCCUCCUUCUGGCUUCUACUCAGCGCCCAGGUAAGGCUACUCCAGAGGCAGAGUCUGUUUGGUUGCCAACCCCCUCUGCAGCCUCAGGGCAGGAAUGGGAUGUUGCCACCAUCACAGCACAGCUGCUGCCCCGUGACUGGAGCACCGCCACAUUUGCAACAGGAUCUGAGGCACUCCUGGAGCAGCCAGGGGGCAGCACAGCAGAGCCACAGACCAGACCCCAUGAGUCUUGGACUGCUGUGGGACACUUCUUCGCCAAGGCAGCCCCAGAACAAUCCCCGACACUUCCGGGAUCGAGGGCAGGGUUGGAUCACACAGCGAAGACAACUGAGGAGGUGAUAAUUCCAGGCAACUUUGUUCCCAGCAAAAGAGCCCCGUCGCACAGGACCACCGAGGCCACGAGAGCCGAGCAGCCGCCAGAGGAUGCGCAGCUUUCUGCAGGGACUCCCAGCCCGGCUGCAGGGCAAAUGGAGGAGGCACCCUCUCUCUUUUCCCACUUGGGGGCUGCUUUGCUCCUGAGUCCAGUGGGCCCCACCACCCAUCCGGUUAGCAGACAAGAUGCCCCCUCUACCAGCAGCCUCAGCCCUGGGCCCACUUUCCUCACGUUGCCCUUUGGCCUAGGUUGGCUCCCUGAUGGUGCCACUGCAGGUCCGCAUGCCAGUGGGGCCACAGCCACAUUUCAUAGCUCCACAAGCCCUCUCAUGGUCUCGGAGACUGCCCUUACUGGUGCUUCCACAGCCACAGGGGAAGAGCCCAGAUCGCAGAGCCCCACUGAGCCCUACAGCACGUGGUAUAUAAAAGGGGGUGAUCCUGCAGAGUCCUCCUCUUGGCCGAGACAGCUUCCACCCAAGUGGCAGGCAGAAGGGGGCACCUCUUCCAGCGCAGCGUCCAGCCCACCUGGGGCCUCAGUCCGUCAUGGAGAAAGUGGGGGGGCUCCUACUGGCUCUGGGAAGGGGCCCCACAGACCCACAACUCUCCCCACAAAGCAGGCAGCCAGAGAGGGUUCCCCAAGGGAGGCAUCUGUGGGGGCAGCCACUGAAGUGGCAGAGCUCAGUCGCAGGAUUCCAGGAAGGGGUGACUGUGCUGACUGGCUCCCCAGCUCGACUGUGCCCCCAGUGAGCUCCAUGGCUGCCUCCUUCCCUACGGAGGGGGAUGUUGGGAGUUCAGCACCCACUGUGGAUCCGGAGCUUCCUUCCCAAAUGGCUCCUUCCUCUGCUUUGGCCUCUGAAGCGGCUGGGCCCAUGAUGGGCACAACUGUAAUGCCUGGCUCUGCGUCAGUGACCCACCAACCGUGGACUUUUCCAGGCAGGCCUUGGCAGUGGGAAUGGGGACCAAGGCCCCGGGCUCCAGCUGAAGGCUCGGUGAGAGGGGCCACCCAUUCUCCCUAUGGCCCGAGGGGGCCUCUCCGAACCACAGCCGCUCCAGCAGAAUCUUUGCCAGGAAGCAGCGAGCACACUUGGACGACUUCGCCAGCCUCUGAACCAGAGAGCGUCACAAGGGGUGGCCUGCUCAUUACCGGCUCCCGGCUCUCAUCAGCCACGCCGGAUAAGGCCCUGACACAGCUUGUGCCUGCCGUGCCAAGGGGUGCCCGCCCCAGAGCGCCCCAGGUCUUUGUGGUGGAGAAUCAGCCACCCCUCCUGAAAGCCACCUUCCUGCAUAUCCCUUGUGAGCUUGUCCUGGCCAUGGAGUUUUCCAGAAGCUUCCGGAACCCCGACACACCCGAAUACCAGGGCCUGGUGCUCAGUAUCAAUGAAACAGUCACUCCCCUCUUUGAGUCUCUGCCUGGAUUUCAGCGACUGGAAGUGAAGACAAUCCGGCCCGGGAGUGUGGUGGUGGCGUUUGAUGCCCUCUUCCUGGCAGAGGCUCCCGGCUUGUGGGCUGCUCUGAAUCGAUCGUCCCUCUCGGACCGCUUGCCAUCAGGGCUGUGGGUUGCCAAUGCCAGCUUGCUGCAGAGCACGACGCAGGAGAGGGAUCUGGACCUGUGCUCCGUGCUUUUCGCCUGCCAUGCUGGCUUCGAGUGUGUCGCCGGGGAGGACGGGCCCCCCGUCUGCACCUCCGUGUGCCACCGGAACUAUUGCAGGAACGAGGGCAUCUGCACCCACAUGGCUAACCACACACCUGUCUGCCAGUGCCCCGUGGGCAGCGAUUUCUGGUUCCUGGGAGUGCGCUGUGACUACAAAGUGACGCAGCAGGGCUUGCUGGGAGUCGCUGGCGGCCUGUUGCUGAGCCUGGUGGUGGUCGGGGCGGCUGUUGCUGGGCUGGUCAUCCGCCGGGUCCGGAUGCUGCUCCUGGAGGCCAGAGCAGAUCAGACAAAGAGCAGUUACCGCCGCUUCUGUCGCCUCGACGACGUCUCAGCACAUUACUGGUCAGAGCCUUGGCUGGCAUCGGCCAUCUCCUUGGACAACCCGGCCUUCAGUAAUUCAGAAGAGCUGCUUCACUUACAGAUCCUGGACACUGCCUGCUGCAGCUGCCAAGACAACUGUGUGGCCCCCAGUGACUACUGCAAGCAGCCUCAGGACCCCCCCUGCAUCGGCGCUGCAGGCCAGCCGAGCCACUGGGACGUGAGCUCCACCAGCAUGAACGACCCCAUGAUCGACUCUGGGAAGGCCAGUGAAGUCUCCGUCUCCAGCUGGCCCAUGGAACCAAUCCAGUGGAGCCCCUUCCCUACUCUGCACCACCUCUCCAGGCAGCAAGAGCACAAAGCACAGAGGCCGCACUCCUACUGCGAGGGGAUGGAGCUGGUCAACCUCGAGAGAAGUUGGACAGCCUGAGUUCUUCCCAACAGACACUCAGGAGGUGCAGCAGUUGUUAACGUGUUCAAAACCAACCAUGUUUUAAUGUCCACAUGGCAAGCUCAGAGGUGGAGCUGCAACCAGCAUGAGCAGUACAAAUCCAUCAAGGCCAGUGGCUGAUGUCAGUUUUAGUCCAUGCAAAGACUCAAGAAUCAACCUUCAGCUCACCCUUUCUGGCUUGGUGUUGAAUGGUGGAACUUUUUUUUAAAAAAGCAAGUCUUGGAGGAACAGCAUAGCGCUGGCAUCCACCACUGAGAUGUACACAUUUGAGGAGUUACUUCCUAUUUGGACACAGGAAUCUGCUCAACAGAAAAAGCUAAAUAAGUUAUUGGAUAAAAGGGUAAAGAGGAGAAGUGGCUGUUUUGUGGAAGUAUUAAACAC